ACAGACAUUUAAAGUAACUAUUUUUGUAACAUAAAUACUAACCCACACAUAGAAAUUUUUUGGAUGUUGAUCACUUACAUUGGUACCUGUCUUAACACUUUUUAAAUAAGUUCUGAUCUAUCUUUUUUGCCAUUUACAUUUUUUUUUCUCUGUUUUUAUUUUUCAAAGAGGGGAUUUAAUUUUUAUAUUCCACUUUUCUGACCAAAGUUGAACUUAUAAUAAGCUGAAUGAGAAAACACUGUAUCACAAGUCAUAUUGUUAUUGCAAGUUUCCCUUAUAUCGUUACUAUUGUUAUUCUAUGUGUAACAGAAACUGUACAGCAGAUAUGGAAAUAACAGUAAAUUAACUUAUAAAGGUGUCAGACUAAGCUGUUAUUAGUAUUAAAACUAGUAGAAAUAAAGAUGAAAUUAUACAAAUAAGAUGAAACAACGAAGGAUAAAGACAUAGAAGGAGAGGAAGAGGACGAGGAAGCCGUCAUGGCCAUCUCCAAGGAGGCUAAAGUGAAGAAGAUCAUGUCCAAGAAGGAGCGGCGGGAGAAGAAGAUGCUGUCCUCCAAGGAUGACGAGCAUCUUCUGCUGACCGGAGUGAACGCUGCUGAUCGGAAAGGGCCUCAGAAGAAAAUCAAGGAUGACGAGAAGGAGAAGAAGGACAAACAGGAAAAAGCCCUCUGCUUCUGGGAGAGCGUCACCAUGACGAUGAGGCAGAUCUCUCCAGCGAAAAAACUAGAAAAGAUAGAGGGGUGGGAGCCGCCGCAGCUGGAGAAUCUACCAGAGACUGCGAGCGACGAACCCCCGGGAGCGGGAGAAGACGCGGCGCCCCCCGACUCCGUAGGCUUUCCUGUGGAAAUGCCUACCUGGGAGGGGCGGGGCCUGGAGGAGGACUCCUCCCGCUACGCUAACCUGUCGGACUCCAACGACGUCCGAUGGACGGCCCGCGCCAAAGUCAAGCUGGCUGGAAUCAGCAGGAUAAGCAGAGGGAUUGUGUCUGAGGGUGUGUGGGGGGGCUUCAAAUAGCUUUUUUUUUAUAAAAGACAUUCCUACCUCCUGAUUAGUUCACUGUAACCAAGGGCAACAAAUUGUUUCCACAAUUGUAUGGUUGAUGACGAUAUGCAGUCAUUGUGCGUGACAAUGAUGCUUAAGUGCCUUCCAUUAGGGCGCUUUUUUAACUUUGCAUUUCUAUUUCAGGAAUCUUUGCAAUUAAGAGAAAAUCACAAAAAUAUAAAGUCAGCAGAAAUGUUGAACUGAAGUGAUCUAUUUCCCUUUUGUGUAAACAAAUUGUCUAAAUAAAGUCUUAUAUUAGUAA